CGGCUGCAGAGCUGCGCGCCCAGCCGCGUCGUCAUCGUCGCCUCCCGCGCCCACUGGGCCGGCCGCCUGCACCCCGACACCCUGGGCCGCCCGCCCCCCGGGCCGCUGUCGACCUUCCAGGACUACUGCGACAGCAAGCUGGCCAACGUGCUGCACGCCCGCGAGCUGGCCACGCGCCUGGAGGGCACCCAGGUGACGUGCUACGCUGUGCAUCCAGGGUUCGUCAACACGGAGCUCUUCCGCCACACGCCGCUCUGGCUGAAGCCGCUCUUCCUGCCGCUGGUCUGGCUCUUCUUCCGCGACGCAGCCGAGGGCGCCCAGACCUGCCUGCACUGCGCCACGCAGGAGGGCCUCGAACGCUUCAGCGGCCGCUACUUCGCCGACUGCCGCCUGCAGGAGCCGUGGCCGCCGUGCGCCUGGCCGCCGUACACUGCCCCGGAAGAGGCACGGUGGAUGUUUGUGGAAGCGAUGGCCAGGCGGCUGUGA